AAAAGCCGCUCUCCUCAACCCAUUUCACUGCAUAAAUUACUCUCUCACUAUCCUUCCUUCCUGUUAUGGACCCAAAGCAGUAGAGUAGGAAGUGAAUGUGAGAUAAGAAGUAGAAGAAGAAGAAGAAGAAGAAGAAGAAGAACAAGACGACGACGACUGCAUUCAGUCUCCUUGCAUCAGAAAAGGGAAACGAAGAGGAGCAGAAGCACCAUCCCAUGGAGAUCCUGCAACUGUUCUCCAUGGUCCUCCUGCUCUGCUCUUUCUCGUCUCUUUUAUGGGUCGUCUUCGGCCGGUGGAGAUACCGCAACUGCUACCUCCUUGAAUACGUGUGCUUCAAGGCGUCGGACGACCGCAAGAUCUCGACCGAGCUCAGCGGCGACAUUGUCGAGAGGAACAAGAGGCUGGGGUUCCCCGAGUACAAGUUCCUCCUCAAGGUCAUCGUCAACUCCGGCAUCGGCGAGGACACCUACGGCCCCAGGAACAUCGUGGAAGGCCGCGAGGAGUGCCCGACCCACGACGACGGCUUGUCGGAGAUGGACGACUUCAUGAACUCCACCCUCGACGAGCUCUUCCGCAAGACCGGCUUCUCCCCUGAGGACAUCGACGUGCUGGUGGUCAACGUGUCCAUGUUCUCCCCGGCGCCCUCCCUGGCGUCCAGGAUCGUCCGCAGGUACAAGAUGCGGGAGGACGUCAAGGUGUUCAACCUGUCGGGGAUGGGGUGCAGCGCCAGCCUCAUCGCCGUCGACCUCGUCAACAGCAUCUUCAAGACGCGGGGGAGGACGCUCGCCGUCGUCGUGGCGUCCGAGUCCAUCGGCCCCAACUGGUACUGCGGCAGCGACAAGUCCAUGAUGCUCGGGAACUGCCUCUUCCGUUCCGGCGGCUGCUCCAUGCUGCUCUCUAACGACCCGUCGCUGCAGCACCGGGCCAAGAUGAGAUUGAAGUGCCUGGUCCGAACGCACAUCGGAGCGAACAACGACGCCCACAACUGCGCGGCCCAGAAGGAGGACGACGGCGGCCUCGUCGGCUUCUACCUCGGCAGGGACCUCCCCAAGGCGGCAGUGCGCGCCUUCUCGGAGAACCUCCAGCGGCUGCUGCCGAAGGUGCUGCCCGUGAGGGAGCUGAUCCUCUACGCCGCCCGGGCCGCGCGGCAGAGGCUGCGGCGUUCCAAGGCGGACGCAGCAGCGGCGGCGGCCAGGGUGAACUUCAAAGCUGGCGUCGACCACUUCUGCCUCCACCCGGGGGGGUCGGCGGUGAUCGAAGGGGUAGGAAGGAACCUGGGGCUGUCCAAUUACGACCUGGAGCCAGCGAGGAUGACGCUGCACCGGUGGGGGAACACGUCGGCCAGCAGCCUGUGGUACGUGCUGGCCUACAUGGAGGCCAAGAAGAGGCUGAAGAAGAGGGACCGGCUACUGAUGGUCACCUUCGGCGCAGGGUUCAAGUGCAACAGUUGCAUGUGGGAGGUGAGCAGGGACUUGCAGGACGAGGGCGUUUGGGAGGACUGCAUCCAUCGCUACCCACCAGAAACCCUAGUCAACCCGUACAUGGAAAAGUAUGGGUGGGUCAAUAGUAAUGAGUAAGAAAGUAAGAACCCUUCUCCUGUGUUGUCUUCCUUUGCUUCCUCCAAGCUUGAUGAUGAUGAUGAUUUUUUAUGCUAAUAUGUAAUGGGAUCGAUCCUCUUCCUCUUCCUCUUCCUCUUCCUCUUUGUGUUGUCUUCUGUCAAUUUUUAUGUUGUUACCUGAUUUUAGACCAUUCGAAUAAAAGAGUAGUGAACAUGUUUGUAA